AUGAGCUCUCCCGGCAGCAACUCGGCAGCUUCCCAGCGAGCUUCGGAGAUCACCAGCGCCAUGCUCAACGUCCCCGGCUACGCAGACGACAGCAUGCUCUUCAUGAUGCGCUACGGCGCCCUGGCCAAGCUACGCAUCUCAGCCAUGAACGCCCACUGGUUCAAAAGCCACAAGAGCGAAAGCGGUGCUGCAAGUGGAAGUGACGACAGCGUCACUGACGUCGUCGGCUCCCGCGGCACCGGCGAGGGCGAUGGAGCAAAUCUGAACACAGAAGCAGCAGUUGUGGCGGCUAGCAGCAACGUCAAAGACUCGCCUAUCAUCGCAGCCACUGCUGCUGCUUCUGACGAUGCCGCGGAUCCGGCUGAGCCUGAGCCUGGGCCUGAGCCUGAGACGGGCCCCGAGGCCGCAGAGCUCGAGGCCCGGACGCUGGAGCUUAUCCAGGACUUUCCGCGCCUGAUGCGCGAUUUUGACAGGUUCAUCGAGUGUACAAGGAUAAUGGCGGCGAGAUAUAAGCGGUAA